CACACUCUCUCUCUCCCCUUCAUCUCACCUCCAACUACUCAGUGUUCAUCUCUGUCCUGCUCUGUCUCUCUUUUUUUCCCUAUCUGUCUAAAUCUCUCUCUCUCUCUUUGGUGUGCUCAAGCUCCAGUUCGGUUUGUUGUCUGUGUAUGUUGCCGGUUUCGUUCCUCUGCAGAUCUGAACCUCCAGCUGAACUCGGGACUCCAGCUCACUCUAAACCAGCUGUAGAAAUGGCGAUGAACAGCAUCCUCAACCCUGAUGACAUUAAGAAAGCCCUGGAUGUAUUUAAAGCUGUUGACUCAUUCGACCACAAGAGGUUUUUUGAGAUGGUCGGACUGAAGGUGAAGUCAGCUGAUGAUGUGAAGAAGGCAUUCCACAUCCUGGAUGCAGAUAACAGCGGCUUUAUCGAGGAAGAGGAACUUAAGUGUGUUUUGAAGCAUUUUGCUCCAGAUGGGAGAGAACUGACUGAUAAAGAGACCAAAGCAUUCCUGCAGGCUGCGGACAAAGAUGGAGAUGGAAAGAUUGGAGCAGAAGAGUUUGCUGCUUUGGUUCGCGAAUAAGUGGCUCAAAUUCUUGGCCUGUUCAUACCUCAUGACCCCUUGACCUUGACCUCAGCGUAACGCCCCUGAAGCACAGACACACACACUCACUUACACACCCUCACACGCUUGCACGCCCCAUCCUGAACACCUCCCGACACACAAACUGACCUUCAUGCUAUUUAUUUUUAUUUUUAUACAAAAGUGAGUGUUUCUGCAAGUGUGUGGAUCAAGAGACCUUUACCUCAUGCCGGCAAUAUGUAGAUAUAUUAGAAAAGAAAACAAUGUAUUCUCCAUCGUCCACUAUUCUUUGUCUGUCUUUAUCUUCACCCCCCACCCCAAACUCUCCAUCUCUCCGGUAACAAGCCGUUGUAAAACACACCAAAAGAAGAAAUAGGUCAAGUUGUGAAAGAAAACUAAAUAAAGAGACAAUGCCUCAA